UUGGAAUUUUGUCAUUAUUUGUCAGCGGUCAAAGAUAGAGUUAGAGGUGGAUAAUAUUAGGAAUUUCUAAUUUAUCCAAAUUACUUUGUUGCUUUAUGUGAUAACCGUUUGACUACAUCUUAUGUGCCUAACAACCGGUUGUGUAACGUGAAAUAUGAGUUGUAAUCUAUUCUCGGUAGCCGGAACUAUACGGAAAUCUGUUUACGUCUAAAGUGGGUCUACACAACCAUUAUGUGCUUCUAAGAAGAUAUUUGUAGCUCCUUUUGGAGCUACAUUAGAGCACUCGCUCUAGUGUAGUAUUAAGUCUAUGUAAAUAUUUUCCAUAUCUUCUAGUACCUGGCAAUAUACAUAGAAUAAAUAAAUGAUACUAGGUCUUAGUAUUAAAGUUAGUGGACCAAUUAAUUGGAUGAUAUUUUUUUAAUGUUUUUUCUGGAAAUUUAAUUAAAAAAUGAGUAAAAUAAAUUUAGAUAUAGACUGCACCAGACGGUGUAGGUCUAAAAGAUGUGGCCAGUCACUUACAAGUGCCAUAACCAAAAGAUGUGUAAGUGAUGAAUGCUUAGCAAGCUUUAUUAAAGCAACUUGUGCUAACUUCACCAAGGCUUUUGAUUUUGAGGGUCGUACAGCAUUGCAUAUGACAGCUUCUCGUGGCAGAAACCAGCUGAUGGAAUGGUUAUUGCGACACUCUAUGGAAGCAUUUGUGAAUGCAAGAGAUCGUGAAUCUGGAUAUACGCCGUUGCAUAGAUCUAUUUUCUAUGGCCAGAUACAUUCUGCUGUUGCUCUGAUAAAACUAGGUGUAAACACAGAUAUAGUUGACAAAGAUGAUUACACCGCAUUAGACCAUGCGAUGCUUGACCGUCACUACAUUUACAAACAUAUUGGUGAGCAGCCUAGUGAUGUGUAUGUGUGGGGUACCAACUCUAACUACACCCUGGGUACGGGCACCCAGCAGCAACGUAAUGCACCUGAUCUACUUACAUCUUUCAGCCGGACUAACAACUCUGUUAAACAGGUUUGCUUAGGCAAGUUCCAUAGCGUGUGGGUGUGCGAGUCGGGGCAGACGGCGGGCGGGGAGGCGUGGUGCGCGGGGCAGACGGCGCGCGCGGGCGGCCCGCCCAGCACCGCGCUGCGCCCCGCCCAGCUGCGCCUGCCCGAGCCCUGCCUUGCUGCGGCUAUUACCCUCACCUCGACCGUCUUCCUGCUGCAGAGUGGGGCGGUUGUCCAAUACGGACUAAACUCGACAGAUAAUAUCAGUUCAUCCACCGCAAAAACGCCAACAGUUAUAAAAUUGGGUUCAACUAAACCACUGUUAAAAUUAGCCGACCCUUUGGGAGUGUGUGCGGGACGACUGCACGCGGUGGCUUGGAACCCCCGCGUGGUCUACACGUGGGGCACCAACCUGGGGCAACUGGGGCAUCCACAAGAGGACAAAGUGGUGCCAUUACCUAAACGAGUGGCCGUUUCUAUAAACACAAAAGAUCAGACGGAAAUUCAACUGGUGGCUACUUCGGAUGCCGCUACAGUGUUCACUACAAGCCGCGGCGAUGUUUACCUCCUGCAUAAGUAUUUGUGCAAGAAAAUUGUUAUUAAGCAAAUAAACUUGCGUCAAGUAUGUGUAGAAAGCAAAGUAAGCGACCAAAACAUUUAUUCGCGAGUAACAGUGUUGUUGCUCACCAAUGUCGGACAACUACAUAUCUGGCAGGAUACAAACAAUCGUCUUACAAGAUGUGUUUUCGGUCUGAAUCAUCAAAUUUUAAUAUCCCACGUGGCUUUAACGCACGAUGCGUUGUAUUUCAUAACAAAGUAUGGUGAAGCGUAUAUCGGUAACAUAUCGAGAAAAACAGGACCAGCGAUACAACCCGCUAAGAGAGACAAGGACAGCAAUAAAUCUUCAUUAGUAUUGUUCUUAGAAAAGGACGACUGUACUUCAGUGAGGAUAACUAAAAUACCUAAUAUACACAGAGCAGUGUCUAUUUCAGUUGAUAAUGAAGGAUUGAAUUUCGCUUGUUUGCAAAUAAAACCAACAUGUGGUUUAACAUCUCUGCCAGAACUUCCUCCGUCACUUAUGUCCAAACAUAUGGAAUCUUUAUUGGAUCUGGCUACCGAAGAUGAUAUUUUACAUGAUGUCAUAUUUAAGGUUAAUAACAAAUUGUACCCAGCGCACAUAUUCAUAGUCGCAUCCAGUAGUGAAUAUUUAUACAAAAUGUAUGAAGAAUCACGCACAAAUGCAGAUGAUAAGCCUAUAGUGUGUUUAGAUAAUGUUCACCCUGAAGUAUUUGAAAGGAUAUUACAUUAUAUGUAUACUGGAAGUUGUGACGUCACCGAAUUGGGACCAUGUCGUCUAAAGAUAAGAAAGGAAGACUUAAAUGCGGUUAUUAAGAAGGAAAAAAACGAAGUGGAUAUAGAAAUUGAUGCUGUUGAGAAUCCAAAGGAAGUAUCUGCGUUCGAAGUAUAUAAUGGUCAGCAUAAACGUAACAAUAAACACCGGCGCAGCGCAGACACGCCGCCGCGCAGCGCGCACUGCGACCCCGUCAAGUUGCUGCAAGCUAGCGCUAAGCGACUCAAAGUUAUGGCACUGCAUAAACUGCUGGAUAAGUACUAUUACAGGGAUGGCAUAAUACAUGUAAAGGAAAGUGCAACACAUACUAAGAGCAGUCCGGCGUUCGACCGCGAGUCCUUCCCUCAGCUGGUGGAUACAAAUGUAUGCUGCAAAGAUGGCACGCUCCUGCCAGCACACAAAUGUGUACUAGCUGCAAGACUUGACUACUUUAAUGGAAUGUUCAUGCAUUCCUGGACCGAGAGUGAAACUAUGUCAACAGUUACUCUACCAAUAAACUACAGCAUUCUAUUGCCAAUUAUUAACUUCCUCUACACUGAUCGUUGUCCCGAAAUUGAAAAUUCUGACAGCAUUGAUUUUAUAUGCAGCAUGCUUAUAGUAGCGGACCAACUGUUAAUAACACGUAUUAGAGAAAUGUGUGAAGUCACAUUAGCAAGUUUAAUUACAUUAAAAAACUGCGCCGAACUCUGCCAAUUCGCACACACAUACAACGCCACACAACUCAAACAAUGUUGUAUGGAAUUCAUUGGUCUUAACAUAUGCAAUAUACUAGAAAAUCGUUCCCUCGAUUUACUAGACGAUAUUCUAGUAGCAGAUAUAUCACAUUAUUAUCGCAAUUUCAAUCCCAUAAUGUUGUCUAGAAUCAUAACACCAUUCUUUAACAGUCCUACCGAUGAAAUUGUUAAUGAGUUAGCAAAAAAUUCACCCGUCAACAUGAGUGUUAUCGAUGAGGAUUUAAAGAAAGAUGACAGCAUUCUAGAGGCCAAUAAAAAAAAAUCUAAACAAUCUAAGAAAAUUGAAUAUACGGAAAGUGAGAAAGCCAGAAUGAGAUAUGAGUCAGUAAGCUCCAUUACAUCUCUGGACCUAUCAUAUGAUACCUCUGGAGAUGUGACUCUGUCAUUAAGUUCUAUUGGAAAAGAGAAAGAGAAGAAGCAAAUAGAGAAAAAGGACAAAUGGAUAGAAGUACCGUCUGCACAACAAAAACAGCAAAAGGUCAUUCAAGCAAGACUUAAAGCUAUCACAACCGCUAAAGAUAUUCUCAAUGAAUCUCCGACAGAGUCUUUUACUAAACUGACUAAGAGUAACUCUUCGACUGUCAUGACUCCGACUAAAGAAACUCAUGGGCCCAGUACUUCUCGUAUGUCUGAAUCUCCUAAGGAAUUAUUCCCUGAAUCGAAUUGGAGUCCACAGUGCAACUUAGUUGUUAAUCAUAUUGGACCAAAACUCUCUCAAAAGCAAAGAAAGAAAUUAGCCAUGCAAGGCAAUGAAGUAUCAACACCACAGAACUUGGAUAAUUAUUUAUCUAAUAAAAUAAAUAUAGGAAGUCCACCAGACAAACCUAAAAAUCCUUGGAAAAUUUGUGAAGCUCCAAUCGCUAGUAGUAGCCCAAAAUCCAAAGCGAUUGAGUUCAAUCAGAUUUUGGCUGACCAAAAGAAGCAGAAAGAUGACUUUUCUAGAAUCAUGACAAAGCCAUUGGCACUUACACAGCUUGAAGAUAAAGCAAUUGAGGAAUUGGAACGUUUUUAUAAUGUGCACGAAAUAGAUGAUGAAUGGAUAACGGUGCGCCGCAUCGAGCUUCAAGUGUCCUCACCACAAUGGAUCCACACUGCCCCAAAGUGAUAAUUAUAUAUUUUACAAUUAUACAUUUACAUUACUAAAACAUUGACAUAUAAUUUAUAUUUUAAAUGUAAUUACAAUACAUUACAGA